UCUUAGUGAAGGAUGAAGUCUUUGAUAGAAUGAUGGUUAAAAUACUCGAUUUUAAAGCCAUGGAAAAGACUCUGUCUUCAUAUUUAUAGCUCAUCGGUAUGGCUAAGUCCACGGUGGUGUACUUCUACGACGAAGACGUAGGAAAUUUUCACUAUGGACCAGGACAUCCCAUGAAACCUCACAGACUAACACUGACACACAACCUUGUCUUUAAUUAUGGGCUGCAUAAGUAUAUGGAGGUGUAUAAGCCAUACAGAGCCACAGGCCAUGAUAUGUGCCGAUUCCAUGCUCAAGAUUAUAUACAGUUUUUAUCCAGGGUGACUGUAGAUGACAUUCCUAGGUUAACAAAAAACCCUAGUAGUUUUAAUGUGGGUGAGGACUGCCCAGUUUUUUCAGGUCUAUUUGAUUUCUGUUCUAUUUAUACUGGUGCUUCAUUAGAAGGGGCUGUGCGGCUUAAUCAAAGGGUGUGUGAUAUUGCUAUUAACUGGGCUGGAGGACUACACCAUGCCAAGAAAUGUGAGGCAUCAGGAUUCUGUUAUGUCAAUGACAUUGUAGUAGGAAUACUAGAGCUAUUGAAGCACCACAAUAGAGUUUUAUAUGUAGAUAUUGAUAUUCAUCAUGGAGAUGGAGUACAGGAAGCUUUUUAUUUAACAGACCGUGUUAUGACUGUGUCUUUCCAUAAAUAUGGUAACCACUUCUUCCCAGGAACAGGUACAUUAUCAUAUCAUCUUUUACAAGUGUUAAAGGAACCACUGAGGGCAUAAAGAAACCCUGGCAGUGACCACCCUUAGUGUCUGGCGUAUCCUCU